UCAGCCACAGGCUCCGGACGGUUUUCCGACGCGCCGGCGCCGUGAGUUAUCGCCGCCCCUUUUCGUUGCGGAGCUGCGGGCAUGGCGGCCCAAGUCGCGCUGCACAGGAGCGUGGUGGCCCCCGCGGAGAGACACACGGCUUCAGUCAUCUUUCUCCACGGUUCAGGUGAUACUGGCCAAGGAGUAAGAGAUUGGAUCAAAGGGGUUUUGAGUCAAGAUUUGUCUUUCCAACAUAUAAAAGUCAUAUAUCCAACAGCUCCCGCCAGACCGUAUACACCUAUGAGAGGGUCCUUGUCCAAUGUAUGGUAUGACAGAUAUAAGAUCUCUAAUGAUUGCCCAGAACAUAUUGAAACCAUUGACUCGAUGUGUCAAGCACUUACGGGUUUGAUUGAUGAUGAAGUUAAAAACGGCAUUGGAAAGAACAGGAUACUCUUGGGAGGUUUUUCGAUGGGAGGAGGCAUGGCAAUGCACUUAGCCUAUAGGCAUCACCAAGAGGUAGCUGGAGUGUUUGCUCUUUCGAGCUUUCUCAAUAAGAACUCUGCUAUUUACCAGUCACUAAAGAAGAUUGAAAGAGAACCACCAGAGUUAUUUCAGUGCCAUGGAACUGCUGAUGAACUGGUUCUGUAUUCAUGGGGUGAAGAAACAAACAAGAUGUUAAAAUCCCUGGGAGUAGUGACUACAUUUCUGAGUUUGCCAAACCUUUAUCAUGAACUAAACAAAAGUGAGCUGGAGAAACUGCAGGCUUGGAUUUUGAAGAAAUUGCCAGAGCAGCCAUGACUAAUGCCCAAUAAAGAAGAGUCUAUAUAGGAAAGAAA